UCUCAGUAUUGCAAAAAUCAUUAUUGCUGAAAGAAAGCUUAAAAAUAUAAGAAUAAUGUAGGUUAGCGUUUAUUAAAGUACACCAGUGAGGUUAAUAUAGAUGCCAAAUCACAACAUAGAUGGAGAUAGAGUAAGCAAAUAAGUUGUUUCACUUUUGCAACAAUUGAGACAGAUGGUGUAAAAUGAGAAGAUGUCCAUUUCCGUGGCCUACAUUCAGUGUGUAAGGAUAUGACAAGAGCAGCCUGGAGAAGAAAGUUGUUACCUCUGUGCUUCCAGAAAGCCCCUCCUCGGACAGACCCCUCUCUGCCUCAGCGUCACUCUAAGUUCACUUCAGUCCAGUCCCCUUUCCUAAGCUCAAAUUCACACUCACACACACAUCCACUGGCAUCCACACAAUUGCACGAACACACACACACACACACACACACACACACAUUCACACAGCGCCAGACGCAUUUGCAAACAGUCCUCCUGCCGCUUCCAGCGCUACUUUUCACUUCGGGAGACGCACAAGGAGAGGACCUGUUGGAUGUUACUGAAAGACAUUUUUGUUUAAAAUUUUGUCGUGCGAAGUUGUGUCACUUCCUUUCACGUCCUCAGUGACAUCUGAGGUGACAACUUUUUUUUGGAGAGAGGGGGUGUUCUUCUCAGUUCAACAAUCUCGGAUCUAAUGGGUGAAUAAACUAGUUAAUUGCAUAUCAAAUUUCCGAACCGCGCAGUUGGAUUAAACUCAGCAUUUGACGGGCAAAAUGAAUAAUUCCGUGAAAUAACUCACUCCUCCGGACCAAAGGAUUUCAAGUGCUAAACUCUGUAGCUUCUCCUCUUGUGAAAUGAAGAUGUAUCGAAGUGUGUGUGUGCCCACGGCACUGUUGGCUCACCUGGUGCUGACGCUUGUGGUGCCCGGGGGCCAGUCCUGUCCCAGGAGCUGUAACUGCUACCAGGCCAGCGAAGUCCACUGUACCUUUCGUUCCCUGCUCACUAUACCUCCUGGCCUGCCUGCACACACAAAACGCAUAAACUUAGGGUUCAACAGCAUCAGCAGGAUCCAUGACAGUUCACUGGCUGGGCUAAAGAGGGUGGAGCUUCUCAUGCUCCAUAGCAAUGACCUCCACCGUCUUCCAGAUGCAGCAUUCAAAGAUAUGAAAUCACUGCAGAUACUCAAGCUGAGCUAUAACAAGCUGAGAGAGAUCUCUUCAUCUCUGACCUUUUCUGGUCUGACCUCACUGCUGCGUCUGUACUUGGAUCACAACCUCCUCCAGCAUAUCCAUCCCCGAGCCCUGCUCCAGCUGCCUAGCCUCAGGCUGCUACGUCUGCAAGGGAACAGGCUGCAUCAGCUGCACCCUCAGACUCUGUGCACACUGUCCCUCCUGAAUACAUAUUACUUCUCCACACUCAGACACCUAGACCUGUCCAACAACAGUAUAACCACACUGCCCAAAGAUACCUUAAUGACAGCACCUCUGCUUGAGACUCUCGUGCUGCAGGAUAAUCCAUGGAGUUGCGACUGUAGGAUGAGCUGGUUUCUCACUUGGAGUCUGUCUCACCCAGGCUUAAUGAAAUGUCCCAGUGGUCCUCAGUGUCCAACCUGUGCAUCGCCCACUUCCCUUCAAGGGAAAGGCUUGCUUGAUCAGACUGACCUAUUGUGCACCUCACCUGUCAUCCCUUCCCCAGGGAGAGACACACCUUUGGAGACAGAGCUCAGUGAAAUCCAAUCAAGUGAAACCUUUAGAGAGCCUUUAGGCAGUGCCUCUGUGGGUCUGUCUGACCAACAAGGGAACAGUGUCGAUCUGAGUUGCAACAUCACUCACUCAUCUGACUCUGAUAUUGCUCCCCCACCAGAUCUUUCCCUCUCCUCAUCUUCCCCUCUCCCUCUCGCUCUGUCACUCUCCCUGGAGUGCCCUGUGGAGAGACAGAGCUAUGAGAAACUUUGGAGAAUCCUAGCCUACUACAGUGAGACUGCAGUUCGCCUUGAGAGGGAAAUCAUGCUGAGUAAAGCCCCAGCGUUGGCCUACCGCUACAGGCAGGCAGCCGAGACAGACGGAUAUUAUCAUACUGGAGUCAAAGCUUCUGUUAAAGUCAGACCGCAGUGGUUGCUACAGCCAGCUAUUAGUAUCCAGUUAAACAGGGCGCAGUCUAACGGACACAAAGUUCACCUUAUAUACUCAACAAGAGUUUCUGCUCAUCCUGGCCCUACAUCUCAUCCCUCAACAUCUUCCCCUGCUUCUCAUCCAUGGGUUCUGAUUUCAACUAAUCAUAACACCACAGCAAUGGCAGCAGUAUCAGGCAGCAGGGUGGAGUUGUCCUGCCCUCUUCGAAGUUCUGGUAACCCUAAAGUAGAAUGGAUCCUCCCUGAUGGAUCCAAGCUCAUCACCCCCUCGAGCAGCCCAGAUGGCAGGCUCUGGGCCUCAUCCUCUGGUUUACUUCUACAGAAAGUACAGCUCUCAGAUGCUGGCCUUUACUAUUGUGUAGCCAGGGCUGGCAGGGAUGUAGAUGUUCUACCGUCACGCCUGGCAGUGGAGGAGUCCUCUGUCCCACCCUCAGGAGAGCAAGUGGGACCUCCUGUCGCUGGAACAGUUGGGGAGCCCAUAAGUCUGUCCUGCAAGUCAUCUGGUUCACCAGAACCCUAUAUGACUUGGGUUUUACCAGAUGGAAAUAUAAUACGAUCUGGAUUAGCUGUAUCAGGUGGACUCACUUUGCAGCCAAAUGGAAGUCUCUCUCUUCCUAACCCCUCUCUGAGGGAUGCUGGUCAUUACCGCUGCAUUGUGGUCAGCCAUUAUGGUACUGACUCUCUGUCCACGCAGUUGGAAUUGAAACCACAACAUCCCCCGUCACUUAGAACUUCAUUUCCCAGAGGGCCACAGUCAGCCGCAGGUCGGUCAACAAAGAUACGAGCCCCUUUGCUACAUCAGAUGGAGGAAGGUUCAGGGGAUGAAGAAGAAGAAGAGAGAACUUUUGUUGGCAAUAGGUUGCGUCCAAGACCUCGCCAACCUCCGACUAACAGACGUUAUCCAAUUGGAAAACCCCGCAGACGUGGGCCAGUAAGAGAGGGCCCCCUGAGAAGAGGAGGAGGGCCCGUAUCCUCCACUGACCAGAGAAGAAACCGCUUUGACAACAGACAUAGACUCACCACAAACAAACAAAGAAUAGACCCUCAGAAAUGGGCUGACUUACUGGCUAAGAUACGUCAAAAGACUGCUCACACUAAUAACAGCCAAACAGCAGGAGAGCCCACAGCUGAACCAGUGGGAAGAGACAAAGACAGCGACACAGCAGGAGCUGAGGGAGUGGAUGAUACAGAGAGAGGUGGAGCUGAGGGAGCAAGGGUCGAAGCAGAAACUGAAGGGUCAUCUGCUGAUGACACUGUACUACAAGAGGAAGGCCUACAGCCCAUCUAUCCUGUUCUCACAGAAACACAGACAGAGACAAAAACAGACACAGAGAUAGAGGGAGGGAGAGAGAAGGAAACAGAAACACAGACAGAUGCAGAGACCAAGAUACACAAACAGACUCAGAACCCAGGUCCAGAGACAGAGACAGUGACAAACCCAGAGACACAGAGAGAACCAGUCACAUCUAAGCCAAUCUCUGGGGCUAACGAAAUUGUCCCAGAGCCAGCUGAAGGAGAUGACCGAGGAGCAAACCCCAACCCAUCUAGAACAAGGCCUCAGAACCCCCAGGCUGGACUCUUACCUAAUUUGGUUCCAAACUCUCGACCUCAAAGCCCUUGGAACUCUCGCAGGAGGAUCGGACAACGAAGACGAAUCAUCAACAGGCCCAGGGUGCAACCUUUGACCCCACCUCAACCUCUCCCUGACCCUAACAACCAGGGGUCACAAACUGUAACAACUGACACUACCACAGAUCAAAUUAAUACGUUGUCGCUGCUGUCAACAACCACAUCUCCGGCUCCUUUGUUGACAACGAAAGGCCUUAUUAAGACUGAUCCAAGUGGUGUGGCACUGAAUCCCCUGUCUCCCCCUGUUUCUUACACUCUUGGUAUCUCCACCUCAGAAUCUGCCUCCCCCUCAGUGACUCCCUAUGUCACCUCCUUCACCUCAUUAUCCCCCUCCUACGCAAAGACACAUAUAGAUGUAAUGACUCACUCUGUCGACAUCCCAGAUGCUGCAGAGUCCACUCAUUUCAACACUGCGACACCAGCGCCCACUCACUCUAAUGCUGUGAUCUCACAGACACAUGUGCCAGACACACACGCCAGGACACUUACACAUGCCAUACAGACACAUGCAAAAACACACGCAGCCCUGGGCAAACAUGUUGAUAGACCUCCAGGCAAACACAGAGAGGAGCAGGAGAAGAAUUUGUGGGGUUCACCAUAUGAUUCUUACUUUACCACUCUCUCUUCCACUCAAUCCGCUGUUGUCUCCUCCACAGUCCCCAGUGCAGCUACAGCCACCACUGCAAAAAUCACAACAACUCCUUCAACCACUCUCAAGAGUACUCAUUUAACUAUUUCUGCUGGAAGCACUACAAGUACAUUGACUAUUAUAACCAGUGAGGAUGCACUUCCCACAACUACUCCUGUGAAAACAGAUCCCAUCACAUCUACUGCAACUACCAUUAUUAUUCCAACAUCUAGUACUACCAGAAGCACUACAACCACUCCUACCUCCAUUACUACUACCACACCCCCUAUUAUUACAUCUACCACUCCCACUACCACUUCAACUACUGCUACUUUUACUACUACUACUACUACUAAAAUCUUGUUUAAAGCUAUUCCCACAACUCUUAAUCCCACUCCUACAACUACUGCUCCAACUACUACUCCUACUACUAGUACUAGAAUGACCACCUCAGCCAAAACUUCUCCAACCACCACAAGGGCAUCUACUUCUAUUACAUCUACUACUACUACCACAACAGUGGCAUCGAUAAGAACUAGAGCAUCAUCCAUAGAGAGGCCAAGCAUUGGUCAAUUCAGUCCCCGAGGGAGACCUGUUUCUGGGGCUCCAAACCAGAGUCCAUCAUCCCCUGACUGGAAAAACCCUGGAGCUAAUUCUAUUCCUGACUCGCACAGCAGCAGGCCACGCUGGUCCCCCUCCCCUUCACUCCCUGCUGUCCCUGGGGCCCCAGUUGUGAGAUCCAGACCAAGAAUUGCAGACCCACACAUCCGGACAGUGUCGUUCCCAGCAGACAGCACUGCAAGGCUGGCUUGUGAAGCUCAAGGAGAGCCGAAACCCUCCAUCACAUGGACCAAGGUUGCCACAGGAGCGGUGAUGUCAAUCCACUCCAAGGCUCAGCGUUUUGAGGUCUUGCCAAAUGGCACUCUUGUUAUCCAGAAUGUUCAGCUACAGGACAGGGGCACAUACAUCUGCAGUGCACAGAGCUUCCUGGGUCGAGACAGGUUGCUAACUACCCUGGAUGUGUGGACCCGCCCCCCUCGAAUGCAACUGGCGAGUUAUAGAGAAGCCACCAUUCAUCAGGGUGGAGAGCUGCUCUUGGAGUGCCAGGCGGAUGGUGUUCCCGCUCCUCUGCUGUCUUGGGUUCUGCCUGAUCGUUCUGUCCUGACGUCUGCUGCCCCCUCCACCAGUCGCAUCUUUAUGGACGCAAAUGGAACCCUCCAUAUCUCAGUAACUUUACCUAGUGACAGAGGAAUGUAUCGCUGCGUGGCCUCCAACUCAGCAGGUGCUGCCAGUGCCUCUGCGCGUGUGCAUGUGUCCUCGUUGCCCCCAGUGAUACAGCAACCCAGAGAGGAACACCUGCUCUUGUCUCCGGGGAGGCCUGUUUAUGCUCACUGCUCUGCCCGAGGUGCCCCACCACCAACUCUGCGCUGGCGAAUCCCAGAUGGGACUCUGGUUCGCCCAUCCCAGUUUCUCCAUGGCAACCUCUUUGUCUUGCCCAAUGGGACGCUGCAUAUUCGAAGAGUUGGACCAAAGGACUCAGGGAGUUAUGAGUGCACAGCAAGUAAUGCUGUUGGAACCGAUAAGAGAACAGUGAGGGUAGAGACUGAGGGGGGAGUAGAGGGAGGAAGAAGAGAAGGAGGAGGAAAAAAAGAAGAGACAAAGGCAGUUGCUACUGAAAAACCCUCUCCUUCAUAUUCACUCAAUAAAGACAGAACUUUGUCCAUCCCUAGCCAACCUGUAAAUCCAUUCAACUCCCCCAAACUUUCCCCUCCAUUGGUCCCUGAUAGAUCCAGGACAUUGCUGCUCACACCGAGCGCUUCUCGCCCUUCUUCUCUCCAACCCAGCUCCACUAACUCACCUCCUAAAAUCAAUAAAACAGUCGCUGCCUCCCCAACACACUUUACCAACAUCAACACAACAAAACUUUCCUCGCCCUCCCUAUCCUCCACAGUAUCUACAAAUAACACCAAAGUCUCACCCGGUAUUGUAAACAACACAAGAGUUACUUCUGCCUCCCCCUCUGACAAAAGCAGAACUUCAGCUGUUUUGCCUCCCUUGCCUGUCUCCCCCUUCAGUAAAGCUCGUAUUGUCUCGACAUCGCCCUCCAUCACUACUGUCCACUAUGGGGGGAUUUUGCAUCUCCACUGCUCUGUAACUGGCAACCCAUCCCCCAUCAUCAUUUGGAGGACCCCUAACAGGAAACUGGUGGACAUGCACUUCAGUUUUGACCGUCGCCUGAAAGUGCAUCCUAAUGGCACCCUGUCAGUCCAGGCAAUAACGGAGAAGGAUGGUGGAGACUACCUCUGUAUUGCACGAAACAAGGUCGCAGAUGAUUAUCGCCUCUUGCGUGUCUCUGUGGCAACCAAGCCUGCCAAGAUCGAGCCAAAACAACCACUCAAUCAGAUGGUGUCGUUUGGCAAGCCCCUGAAGGUGGACUGCCAGGCAUCAGGGCUGCCUGACCCAGCUGUUCGUUGGAGUCUACCAGAUGGAACCAUGGUGAACAGUGUGUUGCAGGGGGAGGACAGGGUAGGGCGAGCACGGAGACUAACUGUGUUUGACAAUGGAACGUUACUGGUUCCAGCAGUGGGUAUGGGGGAGGAAGGGGAGUACACGUGUUAUGCUGAAAAUCAGGGAGGUCAAGACACUAUGAAGGUCAAAGUGAAGGUCAUGAUGACAUCUCCACCAGCCUUCACAGAUGACAGACAGUACCACGUCGUCAAAGUGCAGCAGGGGGCAACUGCCAAAAUUCGCUGCCAGGCCACAGGAGAUCCUGCCCCGACAGUGACAUGGUACUCCCCAGGCCGCCGAGUCAUCCCACGAAGUUUGGGGUCUGGUUAUUAUUUUGAGAGAGUCGUGGUGGUUUCAGAUGGAACUUUGGAAGUUCGUCUGGCCCAAAAGGCAGACACAGGAAACUACACAUGCCGAGCAAGCAACUCAGCCGGGGAGAAGAGCAUGGUGGUGGGCCUGGAGGUGCAGGCUCUUAACUAUGGAAUGAGUGGCCAGGUGGGAGGAAGAAGUACUAACAAUGGACCUGGUAGUAGUAGAUCAGGGGACAACAUUAAUAAUGUAGGAAUAUUCCGGUAUGGAUAUACCAAUGGAGCCUCAAGCAAGCUGAAUGGCAACAAUGGCUUUAGUGAUAAUGAUGGCAGAAUAAGAGACACUGAACCAAACACUGGCAUUAACACAGCAACCAGUGGCUCUAAUCCUGCCCUCAGGGGUGAUGGUCUAAAUGGAUUCAACAGACCUGUCAGUGGGAUUACAACACAACUUGGUAGGAGUGUUAUCAGUGUCGGAGUGAGCGGUGUGACAAAUAUAGGCAUUAAAGCAGAUAACGUUGGAAUAAAUAGAAAUGGACCUGACAUUGUGAGUAGCAGUAGUAAUAAUGUGGGUAACAGUCACAGCACAGCUAGAGGAGAAAGUUUCGAAAAGAGUCCUGGGACUAAUAAUAAUGAAGUAAUUGCAGGAAGGGCCGGUAAUGAUGCUAACACCAGUAGAGAUAAUGGCAGGAUAAGUGGUAUUUCUAGAAAUGUUGGCGUUAGCAGCAACGUGCCUAGUAGUAAAAAUUCUACUAACACAGCUUUGGGUGUGGUAAUGGCAGUGAAGCAGCAAGCACUGAAAGGCCAAACUGUUCUUUUGCCAUGCCCAUCCCAAGGCUCCCCUCCCCCUCGUCUGGCCUGGCUUCUGCCUGGCAACGGCGUGUUGCCGGCUCCUUACUAUGGCAGUCGACUCACUGUGCACCGAAAUGGCUCCUUGGAGCUUCGGGGUGUGCGGGCGAGUGAUGCUGGGACCUUGGUUUGCGUAGUGAGAGGUGAGAGAGGAGAGACGAGGACACAGGUGGAGUUAGAGGUCUCUGAAACACAGGAAGAGGUCAGAUCUCCACACAGGGGACCACCAGCUGUGGAAGGACCUGUGCAGAAAAGUGCUGGUUUAAUUGAGGCAACUCGAUCAGGAGCCUCAUCGGAUUCAGCUCAGUCCUUAAGCUCAGGGGCAGUGUUGCCCGAGAAGCUUCAUCCAAGAAUCCAAGUUACUCAGAAGCCUCUGCAGAGGGGCCUGAGUUUACCUGCUGCACCUCACCCCAUCAGUCCUCCACCCCGCUCAACUGGCCCUGCCUCAGUGCCAGCAGUGAGCACCAGAACAGCCUCCUUGGUAAGCAUCAUUAAUGGAGAGACCCUUCGCCUGCCUUGCCCUGCCCCUCAAACCCCAGGAUACCCCCAGGGCUCACUCUCAUGGACCAUGCCCAGUGGCAAGGUACUGUCCCGGGGUGAGAGCAGUGACUCAGGCCAAUAUUUAGUCCAAGAGGAUGGAACGCUAACAGUACAACAGGCCUCCGUAUUCGACAGAGGCACAUACACAUGCAGAUCCACCAGUUACGACUCCUCCUCGGUUUCAGUCAUCACAGUUCCUGUCAUUGUCAUCGCUUACCCCCCACGUAUCACAACAGGCCCCUCUCCUGUAACCUACACGCGGCCAGGGGUUGCUGUGGAGCUGCCCUGCCUGACCAUAGCAACACCCCGGGCGACAGUGACCUGGCAAACACCAGACCUGACACAGCUGAGGGUGAUGGGUCAGGCUCGUAUCUAUGGCAACCGCUACCUUAGUCCUCAGGGUUCCUUGGUGAUACAGAACCCGACAAGUAGGGAUACUGGGUUUUACAGAUGCACCGCCAAAAAUGUAAUAGGAGUGGACACCAAGGCGACCUAUCUGCAUGUUAUAUAAUGGGGUGAAGCAAAUGCGCACAAACAUGCACGCACACACAUGCACACACACAAACACACACACAUACACACACACACACAAACAUGAAAUAGAAAGAGAGAGACCACACCAGUCUUCUGUGCUGGUGAAUGAACUCCUCUGCUGUUAACACAAUGUGUCCCUCAUGCCCAAAGGAACUGCAAGGCUCUGUGCAGGAGAUACUGUUGAAUCUCAGAAAAGACACUACUAAUAUACAUGUCUAAUGUAUGUAUUUUUAAAAAAUGUAUUGUUUUUAUAUCAGGAGUUGCGAAAUUUUCUGCAACAUCAGAGUCACGCCUUUGUCUCUGCAUGAACAAUAUGUGUUUAAGAAGGAUUGUUUUAUGUAGCUAGUGGUACACACUUAAGUUGUGCUCUCACAGCAGAUUAAGAUUGCUACAAAAACUUAACUAGUCACAUCUGUACCCGUAUUGUUUUGCAACACUGGUUUUAUUUUCCUGCCUUGUGUUAAAGUUCAGGACCAGGAAAUGUGGAUAAAAUUAAUAUCUAAACAAUCCAAAAACAUUACUUUUACAUCUGUGUAUAAACUACUAACAUUUUCAUCAUGUCAAAACCCUGCAGCUUUCAGGGUUUUAAGCCUUGUGAAGGAUUAUGUUAUCAUUUUGCACAGUCUCAAGCUCAAUAAUUCCUACACUCACCUAAUACAAAACCUAAAAAACCUAACCCAAACCUAAAAACAAAGGUGCUUUCAUGCAUUUGUACAGUGACAUUGAACUACAGUGUAAUAUGCAAUGCAGUCUGUCACUGAGUCGCUGAAUAAUAUGCACACCACACAUCAUUGCACAAAGAGGCUGUUUGUAUAAUAAUAGCACGUAACGUAAUCAUCUUUAAUUAAUCUUGGUGUGUAUUUAUAGAAAAUUCGAUUUUUUCAAAUGUUGCAAAUUGGAACUUCAUUCACAAAAAUACACUUGGAUUAAUAUGUCAGCUUGACUUGUAUUAAUUAUUGAGAUGCUUUCUGCAUUUUUUGAAAUUUAUAGGUUGGAUUUUGUUGUCUGUGAAGAUUCUCAGUCAUCCAUGUCAUGGUAUUUCUAAGUGCUAUAUGAAAGAAAGUGGACUUGCUUGGUUUCCAGCUUCCUUUGUAUAGCACUUAGAAAGUUGGACUUUGUUGUUGUGGUGCAUAUGUAGCAAACAUUAACUUAAAUUAGCCGACUUAUUUGCAUUGCACAUAACGUUAAAUCUGUGACAGAUGUGAUGACAGAGGUACUUCAGCAUUAUGAUCCACACAACUUUGCGAACAUUUUUACUCUUCUCGUCACUUAUUUGUGGGUUUCAGACUUUGAUGGAAAAUUUCUCUACCACCAUCGGCUCUAUCUCACAUCCUGACAUCAUUGAUGGGGUAGAAUUACAUGCGGUACAAAGCAUUUACAUUAACACAGUAGCCAGUUAUUUGAAGAGUGGUCUUUAUGAUCAUUUUGAUAUAAAGAUUGUAUAAAUGUGCAUGUGGUUUAAGACCCUGCCCCGAGUUUGUGCACAAAUCAAGUAGCUCAUAGUAAUCACGUCUCCUUAAUCUUUUCUUUGAUGUUUUCAUUUUGUCCUUAAAUUAUUUUUCUUGUAAAGACUGUGUUAUAAGACACCAGUGGUUUGUCAUAAAAGGAGAAAUUAUUAAAUAUUAUUAUGUAUGUCUCACCUAGCCAUGAUGAAUGCUUGCUAUAUUUUUAACAGCUUCAUUUUAUAAAUAAAAAUGGAAAAGAACUGAGCUGCGGCACAGUUUUGUUAAGAAAUA